AUGUCUGGAUACGGGAUGAUGUGGCACUCGGAGAUGUCGACAUGUGGCAAAAAUCUUUGGUUCACGCGCACUCCAAAACUUGCUAUAAAUAGCAAACUUCGGCAUAUCGUUUCCUCACCCCUCUCAAAUGUUCUCUCUCUCUAUCUCAAUUUGUGUGUCACUGCCCUGGGCUCUUCUCGAAGUGAUAACGUGUGGUUUCUACCCUAUAACAACGUUUUAAUAACUCACAGGUUUGUCGAGAGCAUGGCAGGUGAUGGAUCAUGGAGGGAAGCUUCCUCAUCGAAGGAGGAGUGUGCGGUACAUGAUGAAUCAGACUUUGUCGAUACCCCGGUAAUCGACGAAAGUGAUGACACGGAUCCCGGUUAUCUUCUGGUUGACCCUGACCAAACUCACGAAUCGAGUGCAGUACUUAGAGGAGGAGAGGGACAUAAUGGAAAUGCAGACCUUACUCGUCCAGGACCAGCUGCAAGAGGCGAGGGACGAGGCCCAAUUCCAUUAUCAGGUGCUGGAGGAGGUGAUCGGGCAUACGGACUGUAA